AUGUGGUCGAAAAUAUUUAAAGCCAGUAACCAUGGACUUGUGCGCGGCGUGGCCAUAUAUUCGGUCACUUGGCCGGUGAGCAGCUUGAUACAACAGGCACUACAGCCGUCUGGCAACAAAAACAUUGAUUUACAAAGAGCAGCCAAGUUCAGUGUGUAUGGUGGACUCUAUGUAGCACCCACUUUGUAUGCGUGGAUGAGAUUUGCCGGUUAUGUUUGGCCUUCGAUGACAAUUACUAGUCAUAUAACUAAGGCAGUUGUUGAACAAUUUUCAUAUGGUCCAUUUGCAAUGGCUAGUUUUUUUUUCUUUAUGACACUUCUGGAUGGAGGUACAAUAGAAGAUGCUAAAAUGGAAGUUCAAGAAAAAUUUGUUUCCACCUGGAAGAUAGCUGUAAUGGUUUGGCCAGUAUUACAAACAAUAAAUUAUUGUGUUAUUCCUUCAAAGAAUCGUUUAAUAUUUGUCAGUUUAGCUGGAUUUGUAUGGACCACAUUUUUAGCCUAUAAAAAGUAUGAAGAGAAUAAAUCUAUACAGAUAGCUGAUAAAAAAACUGAUUUAUAA